AUGGGAUCUAUUGGCAAAGUAGAAGAAUUUAACCAGGAUGCCGAGGUGUGGACUCAAUAUGUGGAGCGGCUGGAGCAUUUUUUUGAAGCCAACGACAUUAUUGAAGAGAAAAAAAAGAAAUCUACUUUAUUGGCUGUUUGUGGAGCAAGAACCUACGAAGUGAUAAGGUCACUCUGCCUACCAGAGAAGCCAGCCGACAAGUCGUACAGUGACCUCAAAGUGCUGUUGGAGAAUCACAUGUGCCCGAAACCGUCAGUAAUCAUGAAGCGCUUCAAAUUCAACUCACGAUUCAAGCAACCAACUGAAUCUGUGUCUUCUUACAUUACUGACCUUCGGAAAUUAGCGGAGCACUGUGCGUACGGAAACCAACUACCUGACAUGUUACGAGAUCGUCUGGUGUGUGGAAUUGACGACCGAAAAAUACAAGCAAGGUUGUUGGCAGAUGGGAAUUUGGACUUCAAGAAGGCAGAGGCAACUGCUCUGGCUAUGGAGGCUGCGGCAAAAGACACUGAAGACCUACAACAGGCUGGGGAGUACCGCAGCAGUCAAGUGAACAAGAUUCAGGAGAGGCGCGGGGAAGGAAGAAAAAUUCAAGAGACACCGUGGGUGCGAACGAAUCCUCGACCACAGUGCUACAGGUGUGGGGGUCCGCAUGUGGCUCCUAGCUGUCAUUUUGCACGUGCUACCUGUUUUAAAUGUAAGAAAGUGGGACACUUGGCAAGGAUGUGUCGAAAUAAAGCAGACAUGGAAAGGAAAAUGCACAAGAUUGAGGGUGAAGAGGAGGACGGUGAGACAACUGGGGAAGAAUACACCUUGUAUACAGUGCGGGGGGCUCGUGAACCACCUGUGAUUGUUCACCCAGAAGUUAACAAGGUGGCUAUUCCCAUGGAAGUGGAUACUGGUGCUGCGGUGUCCAUUAUAAGUCAGAAAGUGUAUGAAGAAAGCUGGAAGGAUACGUGCAAGCCGGUGCUCGAGUAUUCCGACGUAGUGUUACGCACCUACAGUGGAGACUUAUUGAAAGUGAUGGGGGAAGUGAAUGUGGAGGUUAAUUAUAACAACCAGUCGAAAGUUCUGCCGUUGGUGGUAGUGGAUGGAGACGGCCCGAGUUUGAUGGGGAGAAACUGGUUGAAACAAAUUAAGCUAGACUGGGUUGCAGUUUAUAGUUGUCGGUCAGAGUGUGAUAAGGUCAUUCGCAGUUUUAGUAAUGUUUUCAAAGAGGAGUUGGGUCUCAUCAGAAACACAAAGGCGACCCUACAUGUGGAUAAGGAGGCACAACCCAAGUUUUUCAAAGCUCGCCCGUUGCCCUACGCCUUGAAAGACAAAGUGGAGCACGAGUUGGAACGGCUAGUUAACGAUGGAGUAAUUGAACCUGUGCAGUUCUCAGAGUGGGCGGCGCCAAUAGUCCCGAUAGUUAAGGGAGACAAAUCCAUACGUAUUUGUGGGGACUACAAGAUGACUGUGAACCGCGUGUCUAGAGUGGACAGUUACCCGAUACCGAAGGUUGAGGAUUUAUUAGCAAAUUUGUCAGGAGGGAAGACUUUUUCAAAAUUAGACCUGUCACAUGCUUAUUCACAACUACCACUGGAAGAGGAAUCAAAAAAAUAUGUAACGAUAAAUACACAUAAGGGGUUAUUCGUAUAUAAUCGCUUACCAUACGGAGUCUCCUCGGCGCCAGGAAUAUUCCAGAGAGUUAUGGAGAACUUACUGCAAGGUAUCCCUCACGUGGUGGUGUACUUGGAUGAUGUAUUAGUGACAGGGAUGAUGUAUUAG